AUGAUGAUAACGAAGGAAAAGUCAUGGAAAGUGUUGAUCAAGCUAAUGCUAUUAGUAAGGUGGAUGAACAUAUCAAGGCUAGAUUCAAUAUGCUUUUCAUAAAAUUUAAUGACUUACCUAAGUUGGCCGUCGGUAAUCAGAAAAGCGUGGAUAAAUGGAAUGAAGAAUUUAAAUAUUUCCACGUUGCUUACCCCGAUGUUUUGGAAUUUUUGCUUGACUAUAAUCCUAAAGAUAAAUUCAAGGUUAAAAAGGUAGAAGGUAUUUAUUUUACUGGUUGGUGUUUACAAAUGUGUUUACAGUCCAUUUUUGAUAGGUUCAGAUUGAUCAUGAUUUCUAAGCUACCAAAGCACUUGCAAAAGGAAGCAAACUUAAUCAAAGCUGCUUAUGAUGCUGUUACUAAAUCUAAAGAUUAUACCAUUACUAGUAAGAUCUUGCUGAAGUUUGUAAACGUUGAACAUGAGUUAGUGGUUUGCUAUAAUCUUCCAUAUUUGCUGCAGGUGGAAGAGAAACUUGAGGAAAUACUCUACAACACUUCAAACGUUGUCGAUGAGUAUGUCCGUAGUCUUCCAAAUCUCAUAGGUCAAGUCUUGUACUUCAACCAUGUGAAGAAAUCUGAGGCUUUAAGUUUGUUUUUGAAUAUUCAUACCUCAUACUACUCAAAGUGGAUUCAAGCUGACAAUGAUACAUCAGUACUUCCAAGUUGCUCUACCAUAGCUGAAGAAAUGUGUGAUCAUCCUGAUUAUGCUAGAUUGGUUGACAUUCCAAGCAACAAAUAUGAACUUAAUCUUAUUGUUAGUUUACCAGCACCAGAGAAACCAAAAGGAAAACCAGAGGAGAACUCACUGGAACAAUCUCAAAAGAAGAACCUGAAAUCAAGAAAGAGAAAUAAGAAACACCCAAAAUCAGAUAAAGAUAAAGGUGAAAAAGAAAAAGAAAAAACUUCACUGGAAUGA